AUGCAAGCACAAACGACCAUCUUUGUUCGGGGACUGCAAAACGAUCUUUCUGGUCCAGAACAUUACGAAAUUACGAGAAUGGAAAACGAUCUUCCUAGUCCAGAACAUUCCGUUUCUUUCAUUGAUUUAUUGAUAAUGUAUAUUACUCCCUUUACUGUAGAUAUUGAUGAAUGUAGUAAUGCGACUUCCCCGUGUCAUGCUGACGCUGAUUGUGUCAAUAUCCCUGGGAAUUAUACCUGUAUGUGUAAACUAGGUUUCAGUGGUGAUGGACAACAGAACUGUGUUGGUUAGUAUUACCUUACAGGUUACAUAUAUGUUUUGAGCUUUCGACUAGGUACAUCGAGCCUUCAUCAGCUAGAAAGUUGGAAUGUUUGAAUAUUCGCGCUGUUCUCGUUCAAACAUUCCAAAUUUCUGCUGAAGGCUUGAAGUGCCGAGUCGAAAGCUCAAAACAUUUAAAUUUUAUAUUAUUCAUGUGAAAAGAGUCAGUCAACGCUCUGCUGAAAGUCGUGUGUUUUCUCCGGGCGGUCUGGUUUCCUCCCACAGGGAAAGUUGACAGGGUGGGUUAGGAUAAACAUAGUUAGGAAAGUAAUAUCACAAUUGUUGUAAAAAUAAAUAGUCUAAGCUUAUAGUUGGUGAUAUAGGUUAGCGUAUACAACACCUGAUACAACACCUGAUGUAAUCGCGAUCACUGAGAAGUCCCGAUGGGGAGUAAGCUGAAUAUUAUCAUAAUCAUAAUCAAUAUGUUUUUCCAAAUUGCAAUGUCUUCAUGCUAUUACUUAUACCGGUAUGUUUGACUUGCAAACAAUAAAAUGACGAAAAACAAUAAAAUGACGACCAUGCAUAUUAUGUUGAUGUGUUGAAAUACCACUCUCUAUAUAUUGUUAUAACUUCUAUAUGCUUUAGCAAUACUGUAAAUUUAUAGUCAUGCUAAUAAAGCUAUUAUUUACCUUACCUUACCACCAACAUGACCAGCAAAGAAUUGUUUUAAGGUGAUGAAUGGGAUUUAUGAACUUAUUAACGCAAUCUUACGCACUAGUAUUUUUCUUUCAUUUUUAAAAAAACUCCUUAAUAAUUCAUGAGGAAAAGACAAAAGAAAAGUUUUAUGUGUGAUAAAAAGUCAUCUUCAUUUACAUAAGCUAUAGCGUUGAUUUACUCGGAAUAGACAACGUUGAUUUUUAAAAUUUCUUUGCCAAUGAACUCAUCAGAUCAUUCAGAUGGGUCGUUUUUUAAGCCAUGUCAAACACUCGCAGUCUGUGCUUUAUAUCUGAUAAAGCACUCUUGUUCGUGUUUUAAAUAGAACGUUUAAUUAAGGGUUAUUCGUGAAAGAAUCACUCUUGGGCAAUUUGUGCAAGCUAAUAAUUUCUGACCAGCCUUACAGCGCAUAAAUGAAGCUAAAAGCUGGAUUUGUUUACUAGGUAUUUCCCUCUUGAACGUUCUUAUUGUUUGUAACAAAACGUUGAUAAUAUCCUGUUUGUAAGCGAAUAUAUUUUUGUAUUUGUUCAGUACUGCACUGCUCUAUUUCUGGAAACUGAGCAAUGAAUUUAUGUCAUCACGAGGAUAUUCAGGUGGUGUGCGAUACAUUGCUAUUUGAUAUUUGUUUUCUAUUUCUAGCAAUUGACUGUGAAGUUUUGAAUUGUGGAGCAAAUGAAGUAUGUAUGGACGUGGAUGGAUUAUACCGGUGUGUUUGUCAUCCAGAUUACACUGGUGACAGUUGUGACCAAGAAAGUAAGCAAAUCUUUUUAUUUCUGCCUUGAAAAAAAAUAUCAUUUCUGAUUGGCUAAGAGCAGUGGCAUUUUUUUGAAGGACGGUGCAAAAAAUAAAAUAGUGAAAAGAAAAAAAAGGAAUUCAGUGCAAAUUUCUUAAUUUUCUUAAUUUUUUAUUUUCUAAAUUUCUUAAUUUUCUUAAUUUCUAAAUGUGACUGCAAACGCACUUGACUGCAAAAUGUUUUCAUGUAUAUUAUUAUAAUAAGUAAUAUAGUAUGGUUUCUUGUGCGAUUUGAAAAAACAUGCAUACACUCGUGAAUUUUUCAUCAAAGACUUCAAAUUGCACUCAUCCUGUCGGACUCGUCUUUGCAAAACUCACUCGUGCAUGCGGCGUUUUUCAAAUUGCACUUAAAACCAUACUAUUACUAUACAAAUCCUUUAAUUCAGAGGUCUCUCUUUAACCAAGAAAUUGUCUGGUCAUAAGCAAAAUAAAAUCUUCGGCAAUCUAACAGAUUAAAAUUUGAAACAAAAAAAUUACUAAUUUAAAAAAUUACUAAUUUUCAUUCUCAUUUGAUUGUAAUCAAUAACUUUGUGGUGAUAAAAACACUUAUUUCCCGCUCAUCUGUAGGCCUAGUACACCGUUGACAUUCAGAAAGCAAAAACGUUUUUCUAGAAUCGUACAAAAUCAGAACAGAAAUAUAUUUAUUUCACAAGUUUGACUUCCGUUUUCCCCGGGGAACAUAGUUAAAAAACCCCAGUUUUUCCAAAUAACUUUUUAUAAUAUUUGGCUCAGGUGUUAGGUAUGCAUGCGAAAUUGGAAGUGUACGCUUCAGUUAUUGCUUGCGUUUUUUGUGUUCUUCUUUAUAGUAACCAUGUCACAUCAAAGACACAUUACUCAAUUCUCUCCUUUUAUAGUCAAAGGCACAUGCCUUGCAAGAGGUGACCCGCAUUAUACAACAUUUGACGGAACGCAUUAUGACUUCAUGGGCGUGUGUGAAUAUGUCCUUGCAAAAGAUUCCCGUGAUAAUAUCUUCGAAAUUCGACAAGUAAAUGAACCUUGUGGAAGUGGUCUUGUUGCGUGCACAAAAUCAUUAUCACUUGUUAUUCCUGGUUUUCUUGUUAACCUUGAAAGAAAUCGUGUGAUGGUUAAUGGUUCAACUGUUUCCUUACCUGCAAAUUACUCUGGUAAGAACAUUUAGAGCAUUGUAAGCAGUGAGCUCCUUGUGAGAACUGGAGUCCAAAACGUGAAGCCAAAAUGGACCAUUGGACGUUAGUCUUUUUAACUUGAUAAACGAUACGGUUAAAACUAGAAUUAGCUUGGAAAAAUGGUGUGAAUCUGUUUACGACCGUCGUAAAGUUUGGACGUCAAUUUCCGCCAUAUUGGCUUCACUUUUCUCAUUUAAUAGCCUGCCUGUCAGACUCUAUGCUGGAAAUAGAGUCUGCUGUUGAAGUCAAUAAAAAGUGAAUCGAAUCAUACGUUAAAUUCCCAUUGGUCAGAAAUAAAAAACCUUGCCUUUUAAAGGAAUGUCAAGUUGUUGUUUAUGUAACGCGAUAUUCCGUACUUGUAAUUGUACUUUUGGUCGCGUUAAUUACUGCCUUUCAGUGCUGUCUGUAAACACGGCCAAUAACCGUUAUUAUUAUUGUGUAUGUAAUUCCAGGCCGUUUAUUGAAAAUUGCGAGAUAUUGGCGGAAACAUUGGCUGUUAUUGUCAUAUUUUAAAUUAGUUUUGAUUGGUUGUUAUUUCCGUGCAUCCAAAUCACACUUAAAAUAAGCAGUCGCUGUUCAAAAUUGUUUUAUUAGCCUGGUAAUGCAAAGAUAAUGCAAAGUAGUGACAUCUAAUUUUCUAGUAAUAAGAUAAUGCAAAGUAGUGACAUCUAGUUUUCGAAUCGGACAAUGAGUUGAAAACUAAAAUUGAUUACUUUCCCAGAUUUUGUGCCAUGAACGUUCUGUUAUGUUUUUUUUUUCAAGGUUCAAUGCUAAUUCGUCCAGUUGGAGGGGAAACACAUAUUGAAACAAACUAUGGCGUUAAUAUUGUUUGGAACAAUGUAUAUAAUGUGGAAAUUGAAGUUCUAGGUCGAUAUCUCAACAGUGUGGAAGGUCUUUGUGGUACAUUCAAUGAUGAUAAUUCUGAUGAUCUCUUAACGUCUGACAAUGUGACCACCACUAACGUCACAGCAUUUGGUAAUUCAUGGAAGACAGAUCCUACCUGUGGGGACGCUCCAACAGUUGAAAAUCCCUGCGUUACAAACUCUGUUCGUGCGGCAAUGGCUCGAGAUAAUUGUUCAGCGUUACUGCGGGCACCGUUUUGGGUAUGCAAUGAAACUGUAAAUGCCACAGAAAGGUAUUUCAUCGCAGAUUGUGAAUAUGAUAUGUGUGCUUGUGAAAACAAUCCUGACGCGUGCCUCUGUCAAAUAUUUGAUGCUUAUGCUUCAGCAUGUUCCGCUGAGAACAUAACUAUUCAAUGGAUUGAUGAUUUCCCUCGAUGCAGUAAGUAAUAAUAUAUAUAUAUAUACCAGCGUAGAUAGUGACAAAAACACCAGAAAACUGGAGAAUGGGUAUCGAUUCAACUACCUGAAAAAUACAAGUGAACUUGUGAAGCAAAGGCCCGUCUGUGUGAAGUUAAAUACCAGCCAAAGUAAGCUACUAAUUUUCAAAUGAAGGGCCUUCCCUCGAAACGUCGACGUUUUACUUGUAAUUUUAUCCAUCAACAGUUUUCUAUGUUAUUUUUUAUCUAUCUAAUAUGCCGAUAUACCAUAAAUUGUUUAUUAAGUUGCUCUGUACUUGAAUGAUGACAGGAUGAAACUAGAAGCAAAUUAUAAUGAGACCUUCGACGUUUCGAGGGGAGACCCUAUGUCUGGAAAUUAGUAGUAGAGCAGAGAUCUCUAAGACCCAAGCCAACGGGCGAGCGUUCUGAUUCCGCUCGGCUAUUUACACCCUGGUAAAGGAAAGUAUUGGCGAAGUCUAUAGUGGUAUCAUGGUGUAUGGGUUGAACUCCUCGCUGAUCUCAAAAAUAUGGCUGAUUGCCAGGAGUGGAAUAAGCAAGAGAGUUCAAUUUUCAAAAACUUAUAUUUGGAAAAUCGCUUUCAUACAAUAAAAUUUUAAGCAAUUUUGCUUUGAAUUAAAUCAGAAGAAUUGAUAUACUAUGCAUGGGAAAUAGUUGAAUGAACAUUUCAAAACAUUUUUUUACAUAGCUGCAUGCAUGCAGUAUAUAUUUAGGAAAUUGAUUACGUACAGUUAAUUUUGUACCAAAAAAUAACAAAAAUGGCAGCACAACCCGAGCCUACAUUCAGUGUUGGCCAAUUAGUAAUACGUCAAACUAAUUUCAUAUUAUUCUGACACUGUAAUCAACCAACGAAAAAUUCGUUGGCUCGAGCGGGAUUUGAACUCGUAUCUUUGGGUAUCUAGACCGCCGCUCUCCCAUUGAGCUAUCGAGUCAACGGGGAUUGUUGAAGGAUUGCCUUGGGAAAAUAUAGGCGAUGAGUUGCUGUAUGCAUGUGUUCAAAGUAUGUUAGUGUAAGCCGCCUGUCUAAGGUGUCACAAGAAGAAAUUUAUUGAGCCGUUUUUAAUCAUGCAUGUUUAAACGUUUACUAACUGUAUAAAACAGUGCUUUUCUUGCAAGCAUGUUGUUGAGUGAUUGGCCGUUUUUACACUAGAGACGCAUGCGUCUGAACGCAUAAUCCGUCUUCUACAUUAUUCGUCUAGUAUAAAGACGGGACGAAUAAUACUAGACGAAUAAUGUAGAAGACGGAUUAUGCGUCCAGACGCAUAAUGCGUCUCUAGUAUAAAAACGGCCAUAAUGCGACGAACUAUCAACAUUUAUUGUUCGUCUGGUUAUGCGUCCUCAGUAUAAAGACGGGCACAAGACGCAUUAUGCGUCUAGACGAACUAUCAUCGGUUGUGCGUCUCUUAAGACGAAGAAUCGAACAUCGUUCGUCUAGACGCAUAAUGCGUCUUGUGGCCGUCUUUAUACUAAACGCAUAACCAGACGAACAACAAAUGCUUGCCCAAGUUCGUCCAGACGCAUAAUGCGUCUCUAGUAUAAAAACGGCCAAUUAUAUAUUUUAGUAAAGUAAGCCUGUUACAGUCAAUUUCAGCUGACUUUUCAUCGUAAGAUUCCGAACUUCGUUCCGAACUUCGCAAAUUCGUUGCCAAGUUCAAAAGUUCAUAAUGAAUUCACAAACAGGUUUGUAAACAAAGCCUCGGAUUGGCUAUUAAAUCAAACCAGCCAAUCAAAUGCCCAGUUUACAAACUUGUUUGUGAAUCCAUUAUGAACUUUUGAACUUGGCAACGAAUUUGCGAAGUUCGGAACGAAGUUCGGAAUCUUACGAUGAAAAGUCAGCUGAAAUUGACUGUAAGUGCUGCCUGUUGUUUUGACAGCGGUAUACUUGUUUACUUCGCUAUGCUUUAAUUAUUCUUUACCCGAACGUAUGUUAAGAUAGAAUUAAUAUUUGAAAAUCAACAAAUUUAUCUUUUGUAUUGUUUUUAAAAGGCUAUUUAAUAAAGGAAAUAAAAUUUUUUUUCCGUGUUCCUAUAGAUUUAUAGAAACACUUGUGGAAGUUUGAGAGAAAGUCGAAAUUACGUGGAAACACUCGUCAUUUGUGCUGAUGUUCACACGCAAUUUCUCGUUUCUCCCAAACUUCCACGCAUGUUUCUAUAACUCUAUAGAAACACGGAAAAUGUUUUCUAUUUCUUAAUUUGCGGAGUGUUAAAUAUUACACAAGUUGAAAUAAGUAUUUGCUUGUGUUUUAUAUAUCGGACAAGUCGAGAGAACUUGAAAUAUGCAGCAACAAAACUUGCAAAUACAAAAAUUGAAAAGGUCUCAACUGAAGGUGUUCUUUCAGAAGAAAGAUGUUUCUUAUUCACUUUAAACAUUCUUCUCCCAGGUACUCCAUGUGCGAGCUCUCCGUGUUUCAAUGGUGCAACAUGUAGAAACGAAGGUUCAAGCUACACAUGUGACUGUGCUGAUGGAUAUAUUGGUGAUCGAUGUAAUAUUAGAGGUAAGUCUGUUCGUUAAUAUAGUUGUGCUUCCAAUACUGUACUUUCAAAUACUAUAUAAAACCAUGCACGACCUACCACUACAUACCUAUUUCAAAGUGACUCCCUACAGUCGUUCUCAAUGCGGCCAUAAUCAUGGUGCUAAAAUUCAAUUCAGCAUCUAAGAAUGUUAGUGCUACUGUAUAUGGCACAGAGUCUUUAUAUACAGUGGUCAGUGGUCUCGCUUCAGGUUAUUUUAGCUUAAGGGAUCUUUUCAGUCCGCCAUAACAUAACUUGAUGCCCUCAAGGAAUGCCGAUUUUAGUAGUCAUCGCCCAGGAAAAUUAAACAUUUUAUCAUUUUUAUUAUUUCAUUAUAAAAUUAAACUAUCGGAAUUUUUCCGGUCGAUGACUACCAAGACCAUCAUUCCUCGCGGGCAUCAAGCCUUGUGACGUCUUUAUGCAUAAGGUCUAUUGAUAAUAUUGAUCUAUUUAUCCCGGACACUGUGCUGAAUUGGCAUGUCGAUUUCUUGCACAGCGUGGCGAUCAAUAUGGCGUAUAGAAAUAUAGGCAACUUUUAAAAUUUUGUUGGUAUAAAUGGGCUAAAGAACAUAGGACAUAUUGGCAAGUGUCAUCUUCCGCCUAGCCAAGUAAUGUAAACAGGGCCCAAUUGUGACCAGUGAGCCAGACGAAGUAAAAACAAUGAAGUUCAUAUGUCCAUAAACUUUGAUAUCUGAACAGCAACAUUGAACAACAACAUUCUCUCCCAAAAUCAUCCAUUUUCCUUCAGUUAGGACUCCGAGACCAAUGAAUAAGGUGUCAUUCAAGAAUUAAAAACAAUUAAGACAAGUGUGAUUGUCAGACAAACGAAAAUAUUCAUGUGUACAUGCUGCAACAACAAUGUUGACAUAUUAUCCUUUGCUGGGAAGACUGUCCAAAUCCACGAAAAACGAGCCAAAAAACAGUUAUUGAGCUAUUCAAUCAAGUAAAUACUUGUCAUAGGUUUGAAGGUCCGUAGUCCAAAUAUUUGAUAAGUUUUUUAAGCCCUUUUAUACCAACAAAAUUUUAAAAAUUCCCUAUAUUUGUAUACGCCAUAUUGAUCGCCACGCUGUUCAGCAAGAAAUCGACAUGCCAAUUUGUCAUGUUUACUUGCCAAUCAGGAUGUAAUAAGUUAAUGUGAAAAUAUGAAGAUAAAAGCAUCUUUUAGAAAUAAAACCUCUCAAACCUCGAUUUGAAAGGCCUACAAAUUCGAGGGGUAGUAUUUAAGCUUGCGCAAGGCAAAGUUUGAAGACCCAUAUCUUCGACGGGAAGUUGAGGAGAAUUCUUUUAAGAACAACAUAUAUCAAUUUCAGACCAAAAAAAAAGCAAGCUGCCUGCAGCAAAGCUCUGAAAUGACUCCAUAUGAUUCCCAAACGUUUGUUUACAAAUUGCAUGUGACGACGCGUUUUACGCAUGGUGCAUGGCUGAUUGGCUUAGAGCAAAAAUGUAAAGAAAAGCGCUGAUUGUUCGAGAAUGAAAUUCCACCUUGUUGUCCGCCAUGUUCUUAACAAAUGCCCUAAAGAGAGGCCGUUGCCCCCCCCCCCUGAAAACAUAUUGAAAUUGAAUAUUCAAGGGAGGUGAAUGCCUCCGUCUUUAGGGCAUUUGCUAUGAACAGGGCUGCCAGCUAUAUUGGUAAAAACUGCCUUACGGUUUUCCCUUAGAAGUGAGACCUCUGUAUGUACAGUAAGUACUCUGUGACCAUAGCAUUUGUUUGGAACUGAUGACUCCAUGCAUGUAUGUGAAAAGAAACCGGUGACUAGCUCUUCAUUCUAAUUUCAUAUAUCAAUAGAGAAUGAUGUUCUACUAAUAUUAUCAUGAAAGUUUUUUUUAAACUAAAAAUCUCAUUUCAGAAUUUCUUUAUCCUACUCUUUUCCGUGAAAAUCUAAAAAUGUAAAAUCAUUUAUCUUCAAAUUUUCACAACAAAUUUUGAUGCUAUUUGUUAUUGCGUAAGCCGCGAAAUCCACUUAAAAGAGAAACGUUGCUGUCCACAGGCACAUGAUGAGCGAGUUUGAAAAGCAAUAUAGUUAAUUAUAAUACACCCUUUUCAUAAAUGGCUGCCGAUUAAAAAUUCUUUUAUAUGCAUAUAAAUUGGCCCAACUAGCCUCGUUUCUGGGUAGAAAUUCCUUUGGAAUCUUAACAUGAGUACGAGGCUAGUUGGGCCAAUUUAUAUGCACAUAAAAGAAUUUUUAAUCGGCAGCCAUUUAUGAAAAGCGUGUAUUACCUUGUGAUUUACCUUACAAACAGGAACGAAAAUUUUCCCAUGCUUGAUAAACAAGAUUAUUCAAUCCAGAUCUAGAAAGUUAUGCUGCAUAGUAUGACACUGGGAAAAGAAUUGAAAAUCCAUAGAAGGUCAUAGAAUGGAAACUGUAUGGACCUUUAUUGGAAAUAGAAUGGAUUUUGAUUAUCCAUAAUAAUUGUAUAUUUCCAUUCUAUGGACAUAGUAUCGAAAUGGUAUGGACAUACCAUGGAUUUAGUGGUGCAAUUGCAAAUUUCAUAGUAUGGAUUUCACAUUUUUUUCCAGUCUGAUACGAUCAGCCCGACAGCCCACAUAGGCUACCUACAUAUAUUUUCUGUUUUUAGAUGUGUGCAAUAUCCCCAUAAUUGUCUACUAUGGUCCUAGUGCAAUAAACUACCAAGUGACCAUUAAUAACGUAACAACCUCGCCAAGUCUUGUUAGCGGAGGAGCGAAAGACAUGGACUACGACCCUUUCUCUCGACGUUUGUUCUAUUACGAUUCGAGCAACUUCUAUAGCAUUGAAUUAGACGGCUCAGAUUUAAGACUCAUAGCAGCAGCACAACAAGUUGCCAGGUUCAUAGUCGACGGAAGAAACAGUAUAAUCUAUUACAUACAUGAAUCAACCGAUACCGUUUAUAUGUUAAAUAUGACAGACUUAGAGAAUACUCAAGUUGGUGAUUUGACUGAUGUUACUGGUGCCAAGGAUAUUGACAUUGACCACGUAAAUAAGUAAGUUCAUUAUAUAACCAUACAUGCAGAUUAUAUACCGGGUGUCCCAAAAAAAAGUACUCCUGUUUGAUUUAUAAUAACUUCUAAACAAGUAAAGCUAUCAAACAGAAAUAACUUGCAUUACAUAUAGGAAGGACUAACUUAGAUUUUGAUAUAUUACAGUUAUAUUUUACUUAAAAAUUCACCGAGAUAUUAAUGUUCAAAAUCGGGAGCAUAUUUUCAGAUGUGUCUAAAAUGAGCGAAAAUCGGCAUAUCAAAUAUAACUCCAGCGUUUCUUUGUUUAAUGACAUAUCAGGCUAACUUGUAUUUCAACGAAUUGUCGUUAGGGUUUGUAUAAGGGAUAUGGCGUAGAUUUAGACAUCUUAACAUAUAUGCAUGUAAGUCUUAGCUCAUUGUUUCCUGAAAUAUGAAUGUUCGAAAUUAUGCAAGUAUUUAAUAGGUCUUUACAAACUUAAAGGUACAUGAAAGACCACUAAGGCAGGCUUAAAUUUUUCUUUUUUAUGUUUUUCAUGGGUUAAAAACAGAGUUGAUUAUUUCUCGGUUAGAGCAGGAUGAAUAUUAUUCUUUAAUGAAGGAAAUAAUAUUGCUUUUUGCAAAUACACAUCACAGUAUAUCGACGCUACUAUUUUGUUACGUUUUGUUCCAAAAAUGUUGGAUGUCUCUGGGGAGUUGCUUGUUAUGACUUAUGGAGUUUGUAUGGUUUGAUUGUGUUUCAUUCUCAGUUUAUUCUGAACUUAACAAGAUAAACAAGAUUAAGAAAAGGCAAAAGAGUUUGAGUUUUCUUAACAAGAUUUCAGAACUUUGAAGAAGUUAGAAGAGCUUCACAAUUCUAUUGUGACAGCAUGCCCUAAUUCAGAACUAUACGAACGCGGAAAUUCAUGACGAUCCUUCGCGAUGCAGUGGUCUCAUGAAACAAGGAAACGUAUUCGUGCUAGGAACACAUGCACACGGAUUUCGGACAAAUAAAUCUUGCUUGUAUUUUGUAGAUAAUAAUACUUUGUUUCAUAAUAAACAAUUUGUCAAAUGUCAUUUGUUUACUGCAUGGUAAUAGUGCAUGUUUCAGUCGAGCAAAUGUUGAUUAAUAUUUGAUACGCCGUUUUUUGCAUAUUUCAGAAUUCAGACACAUCCAGAAAUAUGCUCCCGAUUUUAAACAUUAAUAUCUCCGUGAAUUUUUAAGUGAAAUACAACUCUAAUAUAUCAAAAUCUAAGUUAGUCCUUCCUCUAUUUGAUGCAAGUUAUUUCUCUUUAAAAGCUUUACUUGUUUAGAAGUUAUUACGAAUCAAACCGGAGUACUUUUUUUUGGGACACCCGGUAUAAAUAUAAAUAUAUAUAUAUAUAUAUAUAUAUAUAUAUAUAUAUAUAUAUAUAUAUAUAUAUAUAUAUAUAUAUAUAUAUAUAUAUAUAUAUAUAUAUAUAUAUAUAUAUAUAUAUAUAUAUAUGUACUAUUUAAAGCACGCGUAGGAGUGUUUUAUCACAUAUAAAACACGACGCGUAGCGGAGUGUUUUAUAUGUCAUAAAACACGACUACAAGUGCUUUAAAUAGCUUAAAAAACGACUCAUCUUAUACGAGUUCAUUGGCGAAGUAAUUUUUAAAAUAAACUUUGUCUAAACCGAGAAAAUCAAAGCUAAAGUUUAUGUAAAUUAACGUGAUUUUUUAUCACAUAUAAAACCACGACACGCUUAUGAUUUUUCUUUGUGUUUUGCUCCUGAAUUAUUAAUGAGUUUUUUAAAUAUAUAUAUAUAAUCGAUAAGAUAUCGAUCACGUGACUUUUAGUAUUUAUACAAUUUUUCGCUUUGGACUAUAUAUUAAACAGAACAUUACACGUUGGCUUGAAGAUACGACUUAUAUCUUCUCGUGUUAAAAACAAUAUUGUUUUCACCACUCGAAAUGGAAGUGGUUCUGUACACCCCGUGUGCCCUACACAUCAGAAAUUUGCCAGGCUAUGUGUGGUUUUUAUCAAAUAUGCGGUCGUUAUAUACGUUGCUAUGUGCUGCCAGGCAUUAGCGACGCUUGGGUGCAUGCAUAUAUUAAUGUACAACAUAUUUGUACACCAAUCAGGCGGGCGGAAAGAGCGGGCUUUGCAGGCAAAAGCUUGCACAAGAAUUUAGAUUUAAAACAUAGUUAUUUCUUCAAAACGUUUUAUAAAAUUUAGUAAGGUCUACUUCUAAGAGCGUAACGUCUAGGUGCUUUUGUUAUUUUUAAAGAGUUCUCAUAUUCUUGUCUAUCUUCUGGGGAUAACUUUGCAAGUUUCUCCGGUUUCAUUGGAAUAUAUUUUGGUCUGUCGCUCAAUAUAAAACGUUCAUAAUCCUCUCUUGCUUCCGGAGUCAUUCGUGCUAGGUCACGUUCGGUCCAAUCUGCUGGGUCUUUUAUUUGUCCAUUUUUGGUGUGAACUCCACUCCACCUGCAUUGCUGUUAGACGUUCCAUACGGACAUAACUCGCAGAAACCAAUGACAUGCGAAAACAGUAGAGGUGACUGUUCAUCACAUAUCAUACAUUGAACGUCUUUGCCCCAGUAGAAAUCUUUCCACGAACAUCUUGGACACUACAUUAAGUAUACAAUGUGACCAGUCUCUUUUCCACAAUGGUUACAAGCUAGUGUCUCGGACUCAUCCUCAUUAUCAUCACCAUCAUCAUCAUCCCCAUUAUCAUCACCAUCAUCACCAUCAUAUUCGCUUUCAUUAUCACUCUUAUCAGAUUUCCUGUCCUCUUCACCAGAUUCGCUUUCAACAUCACUCUCAGAUUGCGGCAUUUCAUGUUCCUCCUUUGCCAUUUUUGACAAUAAAUACUCAUUUUUAAUUAAAUCUUUAUUAAUCCCUACUUCUACUAGGCCUUUUGUAAACAGGUCGAUCCCUCGUGGUUCAAGAAUGUGAGAGUUGUAUGGUAAAAGUGCGUAUUGUAAAAGGUUCUCGAUAUUAGUACCAGGAAUGUCUCUUCCAUGAUAAACAAUCUCCCCCUGAAGAUUCCAAGUUAAAAUAUCGCUUGAUAUAAGAAUAGAAUGUAGAAUUUUUUCUGCUGUAGAUUUUUUGACAUUAUUGUUCAGAUACAAAAGUAUAUCUUCAAUGCGCUAGUGUCGCGGAGAUGUUUUACUGUCGAUGUUCAUUGUUGAAAUGAUGUAUAAAUUAUAGUCACAGGGCCUUUAUACAAGUUCAGCCAGCCUUUCCAAAAUAGGACUUAGUAAUAGUCCAAGGAAACCGUUACCAUGAGUAUCCGUUUUUUUCUUCUUCCACAUUAAUUUCCUCUAUCUGCCAACCUAAGCAUUUCAUGUUUGUAAGGUCGGAGUUUCUUCAUUACAUGCUUCGGCAUUAAUAUUUUCUUUUGAUAACGUUUUCUACACAGAGACACAGGCAGUGUACUUGCUCGGCGGUGCUGUUUCCAGUAGCGCUUGUUGUUGAUAAGGCUCAGACGUGCCCAGCAGUUCAAGAAAUGGCUUGUGCCUUAGAGGAUUGAUCAUUUCCGUUCGACGGUUUGGAAGCAAAUGAGUAAAACAAUAAUAAGGAGGCUUAUAUUGGAAGAGAGAAAGCAAUUUAUACGGGGCUCCGAGCUAUUGAGAGCUCGGCUCUGAGCUUGGCUCCAUGUGCAUGUCAGAUAAGAAAGAUAGGGAAGAUAAGAAGAUAAAGAUAAGGACAAGGAAGAUAAAGAUAAAGAUAAGGAUAAGGAUAAAGAUAAGGAUAAGGAAGAUAAGAAGAUAAGGAUAAGGAAGAUAAGAAGAUAAGGAUAAGGAAGAUAAGAAGAUAAAGAUAAGGAUAAGAAAGAUAAAGAUAAAGAAGAUAAAGAUAAGGAUAAGGAAUAUAAGAAUAUAAAGAGAAGGAAGAUAAGAAGAAGAUCAGAAGAUAGAGAUAAGGAUAAGGAAGAUAAAGAUAAGGAUAAGGAAAAUAAGAAGAUAAAAGAUAAGAAAGAUAAGAAGAUAAGGAUAAAGAUAAGAAGAUAAAGAUAAGGAAGAUAAAGAUAAGGAUAAGGAUAAGGAAGAUAAAGAUAAGGAUAAGGAUAAGGAAGAUAAGAAGAUAAAGGUAAGGAAGAUAAGAAGAUAAGGAUAAGGAUAAGGAAGAUAAGAAGAAAAGGAUAAGGAAGAUAAGAAGAUAAAGAUAAGGAAGAUAAGAAGAUAAAGAUAAGGAAGAUAAGAAGAUAAAGAACAUAAGAAGAUAAAUAUAAGGAAGAUAAGAAGAUAAAGAUAAAGAUAAGGAAGAUAAAGAUAAGGAUAAGGAUAAGGAAGAUAAAGAUAAGGAAGAUAAGAAGAUAAGGAUAACGAAGAUAAGAUAAGGAUAAGGAAGAUAAAGAUAAGGAAGAUAAAUAUAUGGAAGAUAAGGAAGAAUACUGGAUAGAUGCAUAAAUGAAUAUAUAGAACGAAUACACCAACUUAUUAUCACUUACAGCUAGACGUUCGUGGUGUGAGAACAUGUCCUUUCGGUGCAAUAUAUGUACCAAAGUAUUUUCAACAUGCGGCAACCUCAAGUGUCAUACUUUGAAUACCCAUGGAGAUGUUCAAAGCAAACCAGUUGAAAUCUCAGCAGGAUCUGCAGUUUUGCAGCAUCCUUUUACGUGUAUCGUAGCCGAGUGUACACAAAGCGGCAAGACUGUGUGGGUGAAAUCUCUCUUGGAGAAAGCACAGAAAACUAUAAGUCCACCUCCUCAACGUAUCAUUUAGCGUUAUGGUCAAUGGCCACCUCCUAUUUUGAUAUGAUGAGGACGAUGCCUGGAAUCGAGUUUAAUCAAGGCAUUCCCGACGAUAUCGACAACGCAGAUUACUUGGACGUAUCUCAGCGGAAUUUGAUCGUAUUGAACAAUCUCAUGGCACAAUCCAGCAAAGAUAAACGUAUUUCUGAUCUUUUUACGAAAGGAAGCCAUCAUCGAAAUUUGUCCAUCAUCUAUAUUGUCCAAAACAUAUUUCAUCAGGGCAAAGAAAUGAGAAAUAUCAGCCUUAUUGCUCAUUAUAUCGUGUUGUUCAAGUCACCAAGAGAUAAACAACAAAUUUCUAUGCUUGCAAGGCAAAUAAAUCCUGGUAAAGUGCAAGAGUUUAUGAGGAGUUAUGAAGAUGCCACGAGCCGACCUCAUGGGUACUUGAUGUUGGAUUCAAAGCCAAUAACAUACGAUCAACUAUGACUCAAGACCAACGUACUUCCCGGCGAGAUUGCAACGUUUUUACACAAACAGUCGUAUCGUCAACCGCCACUUGUAAAUGCAAUGUAUGAUGCAGAACAGCGAAUGAAAGAAAUCAUGGAAGCGCCACAACUUUCUGUGGUGGAAAAAAGAAAGCUUUACUCUGAUCAACUAAAUCGGUUUCUCACAUUCAAAAAUAAGAUGGAUGUUCCGGCUGAAGCUCCUGUUCAGAGAACUUCACUAGUGUCUCCUACUCCUGUAUCUGCUGAGAUACCACCACAAGUGCCUCCUACUCCUGUACCAGCGGAGAUACCACCACCAGUGCCUGCUACUCCUAAACCUAAUUUCCUUACGCCACCACCAACAGAAAAGGAACGACCAGAACUCAAGCGCAACUUUUUUCACAAUUGGGUAGACUCUGCUGAUUGGAAUGAAAGUGACUUGGCUAUGAUGAAAUCAAAGGAAAGAGAGCGGUAUGAAAGUUUUUUACUAACCGAAAGGCCAAUAUAUAUUCCAAUGAAGCAUGAAGAUGUUGCAAGAUUAUCCCUUGAAGACAGACAAGAGUAUGAGAACUCUUUAAAAAUAACAAAAACACUUAGACGUUACGCUCUUAGAAGUAGCUCGUACUAAAUUUUGUAAAACGUUUUGAGGAAAUAAAUGUAUUUUAAAACUGAAAUCUUGUGCAAGCUUUUGCUUGCAAAGCCCACUCUUUCCGCUCGCGCGAUUUGCCUGACCCGCCCGCCUGAUUGGUGUACACAUAUGUUGUACAUUAAUAUAUGCAUGCACCCAAGCGUCGCUAAUCAAAGACUGGUAACACAUAGCAACGCAUAUAACAACCACAUAUUUGAUACAAAAACAUAUUUUUAUGGCAAAAUGUAUCACAACUGUUCUAAAAGUUUUUUCUCCAUGAGUUAUUGAUAAGCUUUCUUAUGAUCUGCUUCAAAAAUUCUAAAUCGUUCACCCGUCGCCUUCACAUAAUACAUGUAACUAGGUGGGUACGAAAAAAACGUUUCAGCUACUGACUCGGGCGGGUCUUCUAAUCUCCAAUGAAACAAAUAGUUCAGUAUACAUUGUAGUUCGUGGUGUUCUGAUGUAGUUCCAUCAAUGAAUCGACAAACGUAGAAUCUGGAUCUUUUUCCUGUUGCUGUAAAUGUUCGAGUACAUCUCUGUCAACCACCAGUUUUAGUACCCUCAUUCCCUCAGCGUAUUCAUUCCAAGCCAUACGCUUACCGUUCACUCGUUCGAUCGCUUGUAAACCAUACAUUUGCCAUCGUUCGUUUUCGUUCAUCAUGAGGCAGUCAUGUUGUCUUUGACUAGGAUGGCCGACUUGACAACCAUUACAGGAUUCCACACAAAGUCUUUCAACUUCUUGUGCGACUGCAUUCGCAUAUAUUCCUUCCAAUAAAUUGUAAGACGCGACUUUACCGUGUAGACACUCCAUGACUGAUAUAGAACUAAGCGUUGUCAAAUGUAGAACUAUACUUGUUACAAAACUCUUGUCGAUUUUAUACAGACACUUGUAUAAAAGUUCUUAAAUCAAACAACCAAUCACAUCGCAUAUAUUCCUUCGAAUAAAUUGUAAGACGCGGCUUUACCGUGUAGACUCUUAAAUCAAACAACCAAUCAUAGUAAACCAAUCUUAAUCCCUCUAUUGUAUCACACAUGUGGAGGGACGCUAAAAAAUGUCUAUAGUUAGCAAAUUUUGUCCGAUUUCGCCCGAACAUGCCCGCGUGACGUCAUUGCAUAUAAUUAUGACGUAUGUUAAUGAUGAUGCGCCACCACAGUCUAUGCUAACGAUGAUGCGCUACCACAGUCUAUGCUAUUGAUGAUGCGCCACCACAAACCACCACACGCCACCACAAAAAUCCGGCCCGAUCAGCCUGUAUAUUACUACUCAAGUUACUAAAAAGGACAAUGCCAGGCCUCACCAUCCUAUCAGACGGCUUAGAGAAAUAGUGGAUUGUAGAACACUAAUUACAAUAUAUCAAUGAAUUAUUCGACCACACUUUAAUUAUUGCUCGCAAGUUUGGGGUUGUAUACAGCUAUUUCAAUUAAGGUUGUCCCCGAGCAAAGCGGAAAAGUCGAAUACGAGCGCGAAAGGCUGCUGGAAAUCGCUAAUAAUAUUUUUUUAGCGAUUCCCAGCAGCCUUUCGCGCUCGUAUUCGACUUUUCCGCUUUGCUUGGGGACAACCUUAAUUGAAAUAGCUGUAUAUAUAGGAAAAGGUUUAUCGGACAAUUUCAGAAGCUCGAAAACCGAGCAUUUCGAAUAAUAACACGUGAAAGCUACGAGUCAGAAUCGAUCUGCUGAUAUUUUGGGAAACGCAUGCAGAAGUUUCUAAUUACAGGCACACGAGACCACCAAUUAGCGCUACUUAUGUUUAAAGUAAAAAACAAAAUGUUUCCAAAUUAUUUAACGCAAUUUAUAUAAUCAUAAUACGAGAAAUAGCGAACAUUUACCUUCGCAUUAUGCCUAUAAUAAGCCAAAAACAAACAAUAUGAAAAAGACUUUUGCCUGCAGGGGGGCUGAGGGUUGGAAUAACCUUUCCACUUCAAUAAAAUAUCGAAAAGUAUCUCUAGCUUUAAAACUAAAAAGAACCGAAUAUGCUAAUGCUGGAAAUUUAUUUUCAGCCAUUAGGCCUAAAUUUAUUUUAAAACCGUUGAUAGUUUAUAUAAUAUAUUUAUACAGUAUAUAGUGCAUCCACACAGCCUACUGGAAGAUCGCCUUUUUCUUUUUCCUUUUUCUUUAUUUCUAAUUAAUAUCAUUGUAAAUAAUUAAUCCGGUGAAAAAGUUCCAUUUUUAAUAUAAAGUCAAGUCAAUAAAGUGAGAUACAAAUAUAAAUAUAAUUCUGCCUUUCAUGGGCCUUUUCUUUAAAUUUGCAUGUUCAUCGGUUGUGAAGAAAGAACACACUAAAACGUAUUUGCUGCAGUAGUAGCUAUAGUUUAACGAAUUCGCCAAUUGUUGCAUAGCUAUGCCCACCAAAAUUGAGAAAACUAAAUUGUGUGUUACGGUAUGUCAGGAGAAAGGAAAACUUCCAUCUCAUGCAAUUUCUAAUUAUAAUAUAGUCAUUCACCCACCGUAUGCUCAUAUGUUUUGCAAUCUGAUUGGUUGAAUUACUUGCCGUAUAUCAGCUCAUAUACGGCGAGUAGCGAAAAACAAGAUGGCGCCCCAAAAACUACAUGAGUGUUGCGAAGCAGAAAAAAGGAAAAUAUUCGCUUUGAGAAAGAUAAUAGUACAAGGAAAAACUCUCAAAAAAAUUUGACAGAUUAGAAAAAUACAUUUAUUGCAUAGAAAUUAGUUUAAAUACAAGUUUGUUAAAGAAUUGAUACCGAAACAACAGCGAAAAAAACAUGUUCAUUGAAAAUAUAAAUUGUUCAGAAAAGUUUGGAACGAAAGACAAAUGAAUUUGUAGUCAACAAACACUUACUAUACUAUCAAACAUCUGUAUAAUAUAUCUGAGCUUUUCUGUGAGAUAUACCGGUUCUUAAACCAUUUCUUUCACUUUGUCUUCGAGUUGUAAAACAAAAGUAUUUCAAAUUUUCAAGGCCAAGCGGUUUUUGGCCGAACAAAUUGUCAAGACAUUGUAACAGAGGAUAAUUAAUUAUUGUUUCAGUUAAUAUUCUACUGUAUAUCACUCUCGCAGCACUAUAUAUUUUGUGCUCAAAGAAGUUGACAAAAAAUCGAAACCCUUGGACGAAUCUGGCAUAGAUGCAAGCUUGAUUGGCCCCUUAAAAGAAAAACUGUUUCUGACACUGAUUUGUAAAUAAUAACCAUGCUUUACGCUUCUGAAACUGAUCUGUGGAGUAUUAUGUUUAACGUUUCUGACACAAAUAUCAGACAUAUUAUGAUUUACGUUUCUAACACUGAUUUGUGACAGGUUUUGUUGUCUGUUUUCUCUUCUAGUAACCUGGUUAUUGCCAAGACAAGUGGUGACAAUAUUGUGCGUUACAAUCUUGAGACAAAAGCCUUGGAUCCGAUCAAACCAGCAGGGGACUUUCCACAGGAUGUUUCUGUUGAUGCUGACAAUGGUGUAGUUUACUGGGUGAAUUUCAACGCUAAUUUCGAACAAAAUGUCAUGAGUACCUCGUAUGCUGGUGAAACAAUAGACCUAAAUAUUACAGAUGCUGACACAAUUAAAAUAGCUCAGGAUGAACUUUACUUAUAUGUUCUGGUUGUUUCAAAUGUAACAAUCUACAAAUAUAAGAAAAGCACAUGGGAGCAGAUGGGAAGUAUUGUUGUUCCUAGUGGGACGAGCGGAAUUGAAGUUGCAUUUGGUGAGUAUCAAGCCUGGUGUCAAAGUUAAUCAAAUAUGCAAGAUACUGUUAUCAUGUGUGUGUAUAAUUUCAAUCGCUGUGUUUAGGUCUAGUAUAUUAUUUAAAAUGAACAGAAUUUAUAGCUGUUAACAGAUGAGGUAGUGAGAGUAAUCAUCACGUCGAUAGAUGCAAAUUCGAAUAUUGGAAAACGUAGUUGUUUUCUGUUGUUUUUGGAAUUAAAAAAAAAAAAAAAUAAAAAGUGCAGCUAUGUUGGUUCUGCAAUUAAAUUAAUUGAUAUAAAAAUUUCACCAAUAUUGCUAAUAUAAUUUUGACAUUCAUUAUGAUCUUAUUGAUUUGCGAUAUUUCACAUCUGUUGGGAAGCCAAUCUUUAUUUAAACACUAAAGAUAAACAAUUGUUUUAGUAUUUUUCUGGUUAAUUUUAAUUUGGCCAGGUUCAGACAAUUGACAUAAAGUUCGGAUACUGCCAGGAAGAGGCUAUCUAUGUUUUUGUGUUAAUAGAUGAAGAUGAAUGUUGUAUUGGUACAUUCUGUCAUGAACAGUCUACUUGUGAAAAUUCUGUUGCGAACUUCACAUGUACUUGCAACAGUGGAUAUACUGGAAAUGGAACAUUUUGCCAAGGUAUU